AUGCCUGCCACAUCCGAGCCUCAUCUCCCGGUGGGGAACAAGGACUUUACAAAUGCGACAGUCGUGAUCAUUGGAGCCGGUAUCUCUGGCAUGAACAUGGCCAUUGACCUGAUCAGACGAAACAAUUGUCGCAAUUUUGUUAUUCUUGAAAAGAGUAGCAGUAUCGGUGGAACAUGGAGCGAUCAAAAGUAUCCGGGCUGUUGUUGCGAUGUUUGGAGUUCAUUGUACAGUUACUCAUUCGAGCAAAAUCCUAAUUGGACCCGAGAAUAUCCUGGCCAAGAAGAGAUCUACGCGUAUCUGGUUGGGGUUGCACAAAAAUGGGGGCUAUACAAGCAUGUUCGAUUCAACUCGGCUGUUGAUGAAGCCCGUUGGGAUGAUGAAACGUGCAAAUGGAAAGUCACUGUUCAAAAGUCUGGGCAGAAAGACAGCGAAUUUGCCUCUUCCUACGUGAUCACCUCAGAUUUCCUGGUGUCCGCAGUGGGCCAGCUGAAUAUACCGCGAUAUCCCGAUAUUCCAGGUCUUGAUGACUUUGAAGGCCGGGUCAUGCAUUCGGCUCGAUGGGACUGGAGCUACGACUUUAAGGGCAAGAGAAUUGCAGUGAUCGGGAAUGGUGCAACUGCAGCGCAAAUUGUCCCGGAAAUUGCGCCUUCAGCUUCACACUUGACCGUCUUUCAACGGACCCCAAACUGGGUGAUGCCACGACUCGACGCGCCGGUUUCCGCGUUCCAGCGGGCGCUGUUGACCUAUAUCCCGCCCCUGCGUUGGCGCAAACGAGCACAACAGAUGGAAUUCAGAGAAGGAUUCCAUGCUGCCAUCUUUGAUGAUCAGUCUCAAUGGGCGCAAGUAAUCCGCGACGGAUGCAAAGGACUACUGGAGACGCAACUGGCUCAUAGACCUGAGCUCUGGAAAACAUUGACACCCGACUAUGCGCCUGGCUGCAAGCGAGUCAUUAUCUCAGAUGACUACUAUCCUGCCCUGGCCCGCGAUAAUGUGGCGCUGGAGACUGGACGUAUUCAGCGUAUCACCAAGAAUGGUAUCGAUAUUGAAGGGGCCGGCGAGAAGGAAUUCGAUUUCAUCGUGUUGGCUACGGGCUUCAAGACGGUCGACUUUAUGUACCCGAUCAAGGUUUAUGGCGCCAAGGGUCGCUCUGUUGCAGACGUGUGGAAAGACGGCGCGAAGGCCUAUCACGGCGUAACUGUGGAAGACAUGCCGAAUUUCGGGAUGUUCUACGGUCCCAAUACGAAUCUGGGUCACAAUUCCAUCAUUCUCAUGAUCGAAGCCCAGUCACUCUACCUGAACGCACUCGUCAGUGAAGUGAUUCGCUGCCGACGACUCGGAAAGGAAAUUGCAAUAAUGCCGAAGCCAGAAGUUUUGAAUGAGUACAACGAACAGAUACAAGCUCUACUGCGCGACAGCAGCUUUGCAGAUCCUAAAUGUAACAGUUGGUACAAGAGGGAUGACGGAAUCAUCACCAACAACUGGUCUGGCACUGUGGUUGACUACCAGAAGAAUCUGUCAGAGCUGAAGUGGAGUGAUUACAUCGUCGAAGGCUCUGGGGAGUAUCUUGUGAGGAAGAAGAGGAGCUCUCACGUGGGACGAGUGCGCGAGGAGUCUUAUGUGAGUGAUACUACGCUUCUUGCUGGUGCCGCGAGUGUGUUGGCCAUGGGAGGCUACCUUGCGGUUCGGGCUGGUCUUUGGAGAGUGGGCAAGACCUAA